GCUUGGCAUUUGGGUGGUUUUUGCAUAAAUCUCUUUCCAGACACAGUGUUAGGGUGUUCUGGUAAGGCUGUAACCUGUUUCAUUACGCUCUCGGUCUUGUAAAACGGCGUUUGUUGUGUUUGUUAAGGACAGGAAUAAGUCAUCACAAUGCCAGCCUUGCCACUGGAUGAGCUCCAGCUUACGGAAAAGGAUCCAAAGACUGGGAAGCUGAGGACUUUACCAGCAUUGCAUCCAGAAAUAAAAACAGAUCGGUCUUUUGUGCUAUACAGAGCACCACCUAUCACCAGGGACCCUGCCUUGGUAGAAGAAUUCUUGGAGCGAGCCAAGUUCAUUGCAGAUGAUCUGGACUGGCUUCUGGCUUUGCCUCAUGACAGAUUUUGGUGCCAGGUAAUAUUUGAUGAGACACUUCAGAAAUGUCUGGAUUCCUAUCUCUGCUACGCACCACGCAAGUAUGAUGCCUUGCAGGAUUUCCAUCCAGAAGUGAACGACAUGCAGAAACGUCUCCAUCGGAGUGUGUUUCUAACUUUCCUCAGAAUGUCCACUCACAAGGAAUCCAAGGAUCAUUUUAUCACUCCCUCUGUCUUUGGAGAAAUUAUUUACAACAACUUCCUGUUUGACAUCCCUAAGAUCAUGGAUCUCUGUGUGCUUUUUGGAAAGGGAAACAGUCCCCUGCUCCAGAAGAUGAUUGCAAAUAUCUUCACGCAGCAACCAAGUUACUUCGGUGACCUAGAUGAAACUCUGCCCACUGUCCUCCAGGUGUUCAACAAUAUCUUGCACAAAUGUGGCUUGCAGUGUGAAGGAGCCUCUGCUGAACCUCAGAAACUGGAAGAAAGAGUAAAUGUGACUCCUGGGAACAUGCCUCUCCAGGAAUUGAAGGAUAUUGUACUGUACUUAUGUGACACUUGCACGACGCUCUGGGCAUUUCUUGAUGUCUUUCCAUUGGCUUGCCAGACCUUCCAAAAACAUGACUUUUGCUACAGGUUAGCUUCAUUUUAUGAAGUGGCAAUUCCUGAGCUGGAAUCCGCGAUUAAGAAGAGGCAUUUUGAAGACAACAGUGUGUUUGCUGAUUUGUGGAGGAGAAUUUCCCAUUCCAGGAAGAAGAUGAUGGAAGCUUUUCACAUCAUUAUAAACCAAAUCUGUCUGCAGCCCAUCUUAGAAAGCAGUUGUGAGAAUAUUCAGCCUUUUAUUGAGGAGUUUCUUCAGAUCUUCACUUCAGUGCUUCAGGAAAGGAGGUUUCUCYGUGACUAUGAUGAGCUGUUUCCUGUUGAAGAUGAUGUCUCUCUGCUUCAGCAAGCAUCYUCCACCUUAGAUGAGACCAGGACAGCUUAUAUCCUCAAAGCAGUGGAAAGUGCAUGGGAAGGAGAAGAUAGGAAAAAAGCACAAGUUGUUAAAGAUCUAACACCACCAGCAGCAUCUAAUGCAACAUCAGCAAAGGUGGAGAACAAUUCUGAGGACCUGGGAGAGCUUGGUGCUGCGUAUGCAUCAGAGGAUGAGUGCGCUGGUGCAGCGGCUGCACCCAUCGCUGCGGUGUCGGGCGUGGAGCUGGACUCGCUGAUCUCUCAAGUCAAAGACCUGCUGCCAGACCUUGGCGAGGGCUUCAUCCUGGCCUGCCUGGAGGAAUAUGGUUACAACACGGAGCAAGUGAUCAACAACAUCCUAGAAGAUAAGCUGGUACCGUCAUUGGAGAAGCUGGAGCGAACAAUGCAAAGACAGCUAAAGCCGGAUCCUACCCCYCUAGUGACUUCUCGCUGUAAUGUUUUCCAGAAUGAUGAGUUUGAUGUUUUCAGUAGGGAUUCAGUGGAUGUUUCUCGGAUACAGAAAGGCAAGCGGACGAGGSAGAAGGACACGACCAGGAGCCUGCUCAAUGACAAGCGCCUGAUUGCUGAGCAGAAGGAGCGCUACAGUCAUUACAGUGUGAUCGUGGAGGAGGUUCCUGUGCAGCAAGGAGAAGCCCAGCUCUACAGGGAGGACUAUGAGGACGAGUAUGAUGACACUUAUGAUGGAAACCAAGUGGGAGCAAAUGAUGCUGACUCGGAUGAUGAGCUGAUUAGCAGGAGGCCAUUCACGACUCCUCAAGUCUUGAGACCCAAAGGACAGGAGGAUGGACCAGAUGACGAAGAGGAGGAAGAUGAAGAGGAGGAUGAAGCUGAAAAGGAAAGAGCUAAGGACCAUUUUGUGCAGGACCCGGCCCUUUUGAGGGAGAGAGCUGAAGCCAGGCGGCUCUCCUACCUGGCCAGGAAGGGGCACAAGCAUGACAGCUCGGCCGUGGUUGGGAACGUGAAGGGACACGGGCAGAAUCGGGAAACGGUGCAGGAGCGAAGGAAGAAGGAAGCRAACAAAAGCACAAGAGCUAAUCAUAACCGGCGAGUCAUGGCAGACAGAAAGCGGAAUAAAGGCAUGAUUCCCUCCUGAAAGACUCUGGCCCCGGGUGUUGAGGCUUCCCCAGCCCUCGGCAGAGAGGUGGUUGUGCUGGCACCCCUUUGGCUCUGCCUUAGCUUUGGGGCCUGGGUGCUGUGGUUCAAUACCUGGCACUUCAUCUUGGUUCAAUACCUGGCGCUUCAUCUCGCUGCAGACUUGCACACUCUGUGGGAGGGUUGCCCCGGUGUGGAAACUGCCCACCAGCCAGGUUGACUGCUGCCAAGCUUAUAGAUGGGAACACACAUGCCAGCGGGCCACACCUGGGCUGCCUUGGACAGGCUACACAAGCCAUACGUUUCCUUUUUUACUAUUUAUAAUUCUGAGAACUUUAUUUUCCUACUGGCUCUUCGUGCCCUAACUGGAACUGCAAGGGGGUUUCCAGGCCAGCAGCUUCCAACUGUGAGAGCAACCACAUUAGCUGCAGCGAGGCUUCCCUGGAACAGCCC